AUUGGAAGGUGAAGUCUUAACCACUGGACAGCCAGGGAAGUCCCUAUGGGAAGGAUUUUAAAAAUUAUAACGAGAAAUUAAAAAUGGUUUAAAACUCACAAAGUGUGCUUGUGAAUUUGGGGUGGUUCUUGCUGCACGUGCCCCUUCUCCAGUCUCAGGUAGGGUGUCGGAGACGUCAGUGUCUCCUAUCAGGGCAGCUGCAGCCUCUCUUCCUUGUUUUCUCUGCUUGGAGCCCAAGACUGGGCAAGUGGGCAGAAGGGAUCAAAUUAGGUAAAGUGUGAAAGUGUUUAGCAAACUGUUAACUACUAGACAUGCUGCGGGGCGUUGUUAUGAUGGCUCAGAGGGCAGAGCUGGGAAAACUGACCAGCUGGGAAGAACAUGGGCUUGCACCUCUUUUUAAGUCUCAAGAGUUCUCCUACCCCGCAUGGAGACUCUUUCCAUCCUGAGAAAGGGCGGAGUCGCCUCCAACAGGCUUGGGGCUGGGUGGUUGCUCAAAUGUUGGGGAAUUUGGUAUUGUACUUCUGUUAAUAGUGGUACCUUCCUGUGCCAAAGCACAUUGCUCUGGAUUGGGGCUAAUUUUCGCGGUGAUGGAAUGAGGAAAUAACGUUCUUAACUUAGUGUGUACUGGGACUGCCUAUUCUCUGGAUUUUUUCCUUCUCCUGUAAGUUCUGAACCCCAGAGAACAGGGUCCCCUCGUGUUCCCUCAAGCCUGUCGUGAGCACCCAGGACCAGUGUGUGUCCUCUCCCUUGGACUCCGGCAGGGGGCAGUCUUUUAAGAGCAGUAAUUCAGGUGUUCAGGGAGUGAGGGUAUGCUGAGGCUUGAGAAGGAGAAGGGGGCGGGGUGUGGAUAGAUGUGGCAGACAGAUGCUGAGAGGUGGGGGCUAAGCACAACAUCCUUAGGUCAAGUAGCCGGGGAGGGAUGCGGUCUCCGUCCGCUGCCUGCCACCUCCUCCUCUUUCCUUCACUGGAAGGGGAUCCAAAUGCGGGGCUUUCAAAGUUUGUGAUAGACUCAGGACAAUUUUGUUUAAUCUAUUCUUUUCCCGAGGAUUUCCCUCCUGGCAGGAUUGCAGGUUUCUCUCAUGGGACAGUGUAAUUAGGGAAUGAUUUCCUUGCUCUUCAGAGGCAGGAAUGAGCUGGAGUAAAUUUGGUUUCUCUUGUCUUACAUUCUUCCCCAUAAACAGACAAUAGGUAUGGUUACCUUCUGCCUGCGGCACACAGGGGGGUUUCUUAACUGUGCCCCUGUUGGUAAUCCGGGCCCAGACAGCUCUUUGCAGUGAGGGCCGUCCUGGGCAGCGUAGGAUGUUGAGCAGCAACCCUGGCCUCUGCUCACUGGACGCCAGUAGCAUUUCCCAGUCACACCGACCACAAAUGUCCCCCGACAUUGCCGCAUGUGUCCUGGGGAGCAGAGUUGCCCCCAGCUGAGAAGCGGUGGCUUUGACGAAGGGCGUGGGAAAGAUGCACGCCUGUUUGGAGCUAGAAACGGUGGGGCGCGUGUGUGCUGCCCACAGUCGGAGGGCCAGGCAGCCACCGGCUUCUGGGAGCCAGGCCUCCCCUGGCUGGGCCCGCCUGGACGCUUGACCUUUCUCACCGGCCGCUCCUCCACUUCCUCUCGCCUGAUUGCCUGUCUCUGUCGCCUCCGCAGUUUCCCUGCUUCUCACACCGGGAGCCAGCACUUUUUCUCAGUUCGCUCCUUGCAACCAGGACAGAAGGGCGACGGCUGAAGUGGGAAGCGCCCGGCGGCCAGCCGCCUUUGCCACUCCCUGGAGGGGUGGGAGGAGUUGUGGAGUCUUGGAGUCGAUGGGAACUGUGGAGGUGCUCCGGUCCCGCCUCCGCCCCAGCCAGUGAGGGAAGCCCUUACACGGCUCCCUGAGACCCUGCCCUCCCCCCAUCUGCUUGGCACCACCAGGGAUGUGCCGCCUCCUGAGAGCCGCCUCCGCUGUUCCUUAGAGGGACGGGUCGCUGCCACCACCACAACCGCUUCUGUCAGCCUCAGUAACUCUGACCUUAUUCCUGCUUUGUGGUGAGGGAGCCUUCUUCCUAGCUUGUAUCACGGUAACGUCGUUCCCUCUUUGGCUCUCUGUCCUUAAGAUCGGGCUCUUCCAAUCCCAGGGACCGGGCCUCGGUGUUGACUCCGGUCUGGUGAGUGAGCCCUGGGCACGCUGGCUGGAGUGGCCGGCCACAGCCUUCAGCGCGCCCCACCUCAGGCUCUGGAAUAGCCCCCGCUCCCCUUGUACUGGGUCUCUCCCCAAACUGAGUCUCUGGAUUCUAGCUGCCAAGUGGCCAGACCUGAGUGUUCUCAGGGGAGAGGUAAUUUUGCUCCCAGACAAACUUCUCACCCUCUUAAUAACUGGCCUUUUCUCUCUCUAGAACAUUUGGGACUCCAGUGGGUUUUUUGCUUGUGUGUGUGUGUGUUUUAUCUUUGUCCUAAACAUCCACGUGUACCUCAGGCACCCCUUCACUGAAUGCUGGGCCACUUGGCGAGAGUGCUGAGCUGUCGGGAGGUGCCUGGUGUUCCCUGCCACACCCCCAGCACCUCCGCCUGGCUUGGCCGAGUGAACUGGCUGCUCGAGAGGCCUGAUGAGUGGAGGGCAGCGAUGAGGAGGAGCAGGGCCUGGGCUGCCCUGUGCUCCAUAACCAGCGGCCUCCAGGCAGCUGUGGGCCUUCUCGUUAUGCAGGACGGAGGAGGGCUGGAGGCAGGGAGGUCUGUCUCACCUUUAAUUUAACCCCACUUUCUUCUCUUCGCCCCUCAAUAAGGAUCUUUCCCAGAUGUGAAGGUCCCUCCCUGGGCACUGCUGUGGUCAGACCAACAUCCAGUUGCCUGGGGACCCUGGUUCACUCCAGCACAGGCCCUUGCCUGGAGAGAGCCCGGCCCCUGCCCUGCCUGCUUCCCUGGGCAAGGCUGCCAGGUGUUUGGAGAGUGAACACCCGGUACCCCCUCCCCUGCUCAUCCCCUCGACCUCUAGGACACGCCCAGCUCCACAAUGGCAGCAGAGACCCUCAACUUUGGGCCUGAGUGGCUGAGGGCCCUUUCCAGUGGUGGCAGUGUGGCCUCCCCACCCCCAUCCCCCGCCAUGCCCAAAUACAAGCUGGCCGACUAUCGCUACGGGCGAGAGGAGAUGCUGGCCCUCUAUGUCAAGGAGAGCAAGGUCCCCGAUGAGCUGCAAGACAAGGAGUUUGCUGCGGUGCUGCAGGAGGAGCCACUGCAGCCCCUGGCGCUGGAGCCUCUGACUGAGGAGGAGCAGAGAAACUUCUCCCUGUCAGUGAACAGUGUGGCUGUGCUGAGGCUGAUGGGGAAAGGGGCUGGUCCCCCCCUAGGUGGCGCCUCCCGUGGCAGGGGCAGCACGCGGAGCCGAGGCCGCGGCCGCGGUGACAGUUGCUUUUACCAAAGAAGCAUUGAAGAAGGCGAUGGGGCCUUUGGCCGAAACCCCCGGGAGAUCCAGCGUAGCCAGAGUUGGGAUGACAGAAGCGAGAGGCGGUUUGAGAAGUCGGCCAGGAGGGAUGGAGCGCGAUCCGGGUUUGAUGAGGGAGGGGCUGGCCCGAGGAAGGAGCAUGCCCGCUCAGAUAGCGAGAACUGGCGUUCUCUCCGGGAGGAACAAGAGGAAGAGGAGGAGGGCAGCUGGAGACUUGGGGCAGGACCCCGGCGAGAUGGCGACCGCUGGCGCUCUGCCAGCCCUGAUGGCGGCCCCCGCUCUGCUGGCUGGCGGGAACAUGGGGACCGGCGUCGGAAGUUUGAAUUUGAUUUGCGAGGGGAUCGAGGAGGGUGUGGUGAAGAGGAGGGGAGGGGUGGGGGGGGCGGCUCUCACCUCCGGAGGGGCCGAGGGCCUGACGGCUUUGAUGACGACAAGGAUGGGCUCCCGGAGUGGUGUCUGGACGAUGAGGAUGAAGAAAUGGGCACCUUCGAUGCCUCCGGGGCCUUCUUGCCUGUCAAGAAGGGCCCCAAGGAGCCCAUUCCUGAGGAGCAGGAGCUCGACUUCCAGGGUCUGGAGGAAGAGGAGGAAGAGCCUUCCGAAGGGCUGGACGAGGAGGGGCCUGAGGCGGGUGGGAAAGAACUGACCCCACUGCCUCCUCAGGAGGAGAAGUCCAGCUCCCCAUCCCCACUGCCCAGCUUGGGCCCACUCUGGGGAGGCAACGGGGAAGGCGAUGAUGCUCUGGAGAAAGACCUGCCGGCAGCUGAAGGAGACGAUAUGAGGGCAGUGCAGCUGAGUCCUGGGGUGGGUUCACCCCCUGGCCCACCUGGAGAUCUGGAAGAUGAUGAAGGCUUGAAGCACCUGCAGCAGGAGGCGGAGAAGCUCGUGGCCUCCCUGCAGGACAGCUCCCUGGAGGAGGAGCAGUUCACAGCCGCCAUCCAGGCCCAGGGCCUGCGCCACUCUGCAGCUGCCACUGCCCUCCCCCUCAGCCAUGGCGCGGCCCGGAAGUGGUUCUACAAGGACCCGCAGGGGGAGAUCCAAGGCCCCUUCACGACACAGGAGAUGGCGGAGUGGUUCCAGGCGGGCUAUUUCUCCAUGGCCCUGCUUGUGAAGCGGGGCUGUGAUGAGGGCUUCCAGCCGUUGGGUGAGGUGAUCAAGAUGUGGGGUCGUGUGCCCUUUGCCCCUGGGCCCUCACCACCCCCACUGCUGGGAAACAUGGACCAGGAGCGGCUGAAGAAGCAGCAGGAGCUGGCGGCAGCCGCCUUGUACCAGCAGCUGCAGCACCAGCAGUUUCUGCAGCUGGUCGGCAGCCGCCAGCUCCCGCAGUGUGCGCUCCGGGAAAAGGCGGCUCUGGGGGACCUGCCGCCGCCGCCGCAGCAGCAGCUCACCGCGUUCCUGCAGCAGCUCCAAGCUCUCAAGCCCCCCAGGGGUGGGGACCAGAACUUGCUCCCGACGAUGAACCGGUCCCUGUCAGCGCCAGACUCGGGCCCCCUCUGGGACAUACAUACCUCAGCCUCAUCACAGUCAGGCGGUGAGGCCAGUCUUUGGGACAUACCAAUUAACUCUUCGACUCAGGGUCCAAUUCUAGAACAACUCCAGCUGCAGCAUAAAUUCCAGGAGCGCAGAGAAGUGGAGCUCAGGGCGAAGCGGGAGGAGGAGGAGCGCAAGCGCCGAGAGGAGAAGCGCCGCCAGCAGCAGCAGGAGGAGCAGAAGCGGCGGCAGGAAGAAGAGGAGCUGUUUCGGCGCAAGCAGGUGCGGCAGCAGGAGCUCCUGCUGAAGCUGCUCCAGCAGCAGCAGGCGGUGGCUGCCGUCCCUGUGCCUCCUGCGCCCAGUUCCCCGCCCCCGCUGUGGGCCGGCCUGGCCAAGCAGGGCCUGUCGAUGAAGACGCUGCUGGAGCUGCAGCUGGAGGGCGAGCGGCAGAUGCAUAAGCAGCCCCCGCCUCGGGAGCCUUCGCGGGCCCAGGCUCCCAACCACCGCGUGCAGCUCGGGGGCCUGGGCGCCACCCCCCUGAACCAGUGGGUGUCUGAGGCUGGGCCGCUGUGGGGCGGGCCCGACAAGAGUGGGGGCAGCAGCGGCCUGGGGCUCUGGGAGGACACCCUCAAGAGCAGCGGGAGCCUGGCCCGCAGCCUGGGCCUGAAGAACAGCCGCAGCAGCCCCUCUCUCAGUGACUCGUACAGCCACCUGUCGGGUCGGCCUGUGCGCAAAAAGACGGAAGAGGAAGAGAAGCUGCUGAAGCUGCUCCAGGGCAUCCCCCGGCCCCAGGAUGGCUUCACCCAGUGGUGUGAGCAGAUGCUGCACACGCUGAGCACCACGGGCAGCCUGGACGUGCCCAUGGCUGUAGCGAUCCUCAAGGAGGUGGAAUCCCCCUACGACGUCCAUGACUAUAUCCGUUCCUGCCUGGGGGACACGCUGGAAGCCAAAGAAUUUGCCAAACAAUUCCUGGAGCGGAGGGCCAAGCAGAAGGCCAGCCAGCAGCGGCAGCAGCAGCAGGUGAGGUUUCACAGAGCCCUGGCCAGAGGCAGUGGGGGCGCCCAGUGCUCCCCUGACCGCCCCCCCACCUCUGCUGCUUGGCAGGAGGCUUGGCUGAGCAGUGGCUCCCUGCAGACAGCCUUUCAGACCAACCACAGCACCAAACUCGGCUCUGGGGAGGGCAGCAAGGCCAAGAGGCGGGCACUGAUGCUGCACUCAGACCCCAGCAUCUUGGGGUACUCCCUGCAUGGACCUUCUGGUGAGAUCGAGAGCGUGGAUGACUACUGACCAGCGCGUCCCACCAGCACCCUGGGCUAUAGGCCAGGGGCAGCAGCAACGGCUUGGACCCCUGGGUCCCCGGCCUGCAGGCUCCCCACGAGGAGCAUAGGAGGAAGCAGGGGCAGGGUCCCCAGCACUUGUUACAAACCACACGAUGCACCUUAACUCACCCACCACGAGGCACUUUACAGAUUGGGGGGAAGGGUUUUUUUGUUUUGUUUUUGUUUUUAAUUUUAAACAACAUUGAAGAAAACAUUAGAGACAAAAAAAAAUUGUUAAGAAGGAGACUCUAAGCACUCCCUUUCCCUUUUGGGGAUGGGGGAGCAACAAUGGAAGAUCCACAGAGGUUUUUGUUUCGUUUUUUUUUCUUUUUUUUUUCUUUUUUUUUAAGAAAAAAGAAAAACAAAAAAAAAUGGUUAGGAGACUGAAAGAAAAAACACACUGUUAUUUUGGGGCAGUGGGGACACGGGCCCCACGGACCUGUCCUGCCUGGCCCCCGAGGCUGCACUUACCCUCCCUGCCCCACACGGUGGGCCACUGGGGUAACUGGAAGCUGGGGUGCCAGCAGUUUGCACAGCGAGGCCCCCUCAGCCCCGCCGGCCGGACCCGCUGUGAACGGCUCCCUUGUUGCUGUGACUGUGGCAGAGGUGUCUGAGGUGGGGGCCAAAGUAGCCCCUUGGCUUCGCUGCUUCUGGGGAAAGUUGCACAAAUGGGCCAGGCCGCCUCAGCACCCCAGGCUGCCGCCCUGCACCGGCUGACAGGGUGGAUGGGAGAGGGCCGGCAGUGCCAACCUCAUCUGGCUGUCAGGCCGGCAGAACUUCCACUCUGGCUCUGGUGAGGGGCUUCCCCCUCCGCUGCCAUUCGGGGGGCCGGCCUGGGUGCGAAGCUGAAAGUUCCAGCUCCCUGCCUUGCCACAUGAAUGUAUUCUCUGGGCCACGAGCCCCUGCUGCGCACGCUGCCUCAACCCGAGAGAGGUGGGGGCGGAGCAGUUCCUCCAGGAGCUGGAGAGAGAGGCGCCACUUCAUGACUGUUGUUCCUCCUGUGAAGGGGGCAGGCGAGGGGCCAAGGAGGCCACGGAGUGGGCCGCUUGGGGCUUCUGGUUGCAGUGCGGGGCUGUUAGAAGGGAGCCCCCCACCUGCAGCCAGCUGUGUGGGACAUGGACCACCCAGCUCGGCCCUGACCCCUCCAUUGACCAAAUGGGAGAGGAGCACGCGGCCUCUCCCCUCCCUGCUCCCCUCAUGUUUUUAAAUGUUGGGUAGGGUGGGGUGUCAAGAAUGGGAGUGUCUAUCUCUCCUGGGUCGGGGGUAGGCUGCCCUUCACCAACUUAUUCCCAAUCACCUACCUGGGUUUGUCUCCAUUUGGGUUGUUUUUUUUUUGUUUUUUUUUUAAGUUUGUUGUAUCUUUUGGAUUUCUCAUUUAACUUCUCCCGUGGACCUCAUUGCUCAGAGCGCAGUAUUAGGGCAAGAUUCUGCCACUGCCUCCCCUCCAUGAAUGUAUUUAUCCUUCCUGCCCUGGGGAAAUGGGGAGUGGCCCCAGUUUUCUUUCCCCAUCUAUCCCCAGAGAGAUGAUUUUUUUAACUUUUUUUUUUUUUUUUUUUUUUUUUGCACCAAAGUGGCAACUGGGUCAGUGUUGGGGGAUAAAGCUGGCCUCGGGGGUGGAGGGGCCCCCUCCACCUGCUUCUCCCUGGUUUCAACAGUGUUAGCGUCCGUGAAAAGACAAUAUUCUCUCUAAAGCAAUAAGGGGGUGAUGGGCCAGGGGGAAAUGUCUUGCUGCUGCUGGCCCCCCAGCUCCCCCUUUCCUCGAGCCAGUAUUUGGUGGCAUUAGAGGUGUUGGGGGAGUACUGUUGUGACUGAAUGUAACUGCCCCCACCCCUGCCGCAGCCAAUGCAGGGGGAGGGGGGAUGACACUCUUCCCCAUCUCUUCCUUCCCCUCCCCCCCAGCUAAAGAGACUUUGAAUUUAGGGGGCCCUUGAGCCUGGAGAGGCCUUAACCCUGUGAGGAAGUGUAGGGGGAGCCCUCUCCCACCCCCAUCCCCUUCUGAGAGUGGUCAAUGUUUACAAGCCCCUGAGCCCCCCAGCCCAGGGACUCAGGCCCCUUGCUGUCCUUUCCCAGCCCGUCUUCCUGGGCCCCGGCUGCUCCCCCGCCCUUCCUGGGGUUAGGGUGGGUGCAGGGGUCAUUCUGUAUCCUUGUCUGCCUUGUACCCACCAUCUCCCCAACCUGUGUGACUCCCUUCUCGUCUACCUGCCUCUGUAAAUACUCCGCUUCCCCCCAAUAAAACUUGGUGUGUGUUCUCCC